UCUGUACGUGUGCAAGGCAUUCUUUGGCUGCAAAGGCAUUCACAAAGGACCUGUGGCUGCAUAUUUCAGCCAUACUCGUACGCACAUCCUCGAACUCAGCACAUAUAUAUACAUGGAAAUGAAGCGCAUGGGGAUGGCUAAGCUUUAUUGCUUUGCAUUGGUCCUUGUCUUUGCCUUCGGCCUGAGCAGCUCCUCGAGGGUGCCUCGUGAGAGAAAGCACUACGUGAAAUUUAUCAACAAUCUCAGCAACAAAGUACUUAAUGUCAACUGCAAAAAUGAGAAACCCUACAUUGAUCUGACCCUUCACAUUCUUCUGCCCAAGGAGGAGUACGAAUUCAAUUACAUUGUUGGGCGAGGCAUGGCUUUCAGGUGUGACCUGCGACAUGGGUCUACAAGCAAGGCCUUCCUUGUCAGUGAUAGAGCAAUCAAAAGAGAAUGCGGUCGAAACCAUUGCAUUUGGAAAGCACAAGAUGAUGGAGUUUACCUACUCAACCGGAAAACGAAUCAGUACACGUUCAAGUUUGGAUGGGAAAAUUGACCAUGAUGGUGAUGAUCAAGGUGAUCGAUGCUGCGAGCUGGAAGAUAAAAACAAAGCUAUCUAGCUAUCUAGUAAUUAGAGCAGUAGUACCAAGAUGGUUUUUGUAUUUUGUUCUCUGAAAUACAUCAUUAAAAAUCUCGUUAUAUAUAUAUAUAUAUUUAUAUAUAUAUAUAUAUAUUCUUUUUACAAUAUCUCUGGCGCAUUUAUUUUUUCUCUUUUAUCAUUUAAAUAAUUUUUUUAAUUAAAAAAUUUUCCAUACC